CGGAUUGCUGAGAUUGUGGUCACCUGUCGAGACGGGAAAAGCUGCUCAACCUGUCCUGCUGGGGCUCAGUCAUUGCAACACGGCUAUGCUAAGAGGAGGAAGCAGCAUUCAGCCUCGUUAGAUAUCCUGACUCCUGGAGACCGACACCUCGACUCCAGGGAGAGAGACAUCCUCUCUGUGCAGCGACGAGCGAGUCGGGGGAUCACAGGAAAGAUCCAACAUCGGCUCCGGCCGAGAAGAGCAGCCUUCAUUAUGGCAGCUAGUUCUACAACAGAUGAAAAUUUCAACACAACAUUGACAACAAGAUCUCCUCAAGAAAUUCUGUACCAGAGUUCUGGUGCUAUUGUAGCUGUUAUUGUAAUUGGAAUAAUAAUCAUAUUCACCCUGGUACUGUUCCUUUUGAAACACUACAACAGACAAAAUAGGUUGAAAAGAGAUCUGGCACCAAAAUCAUCAAGGCAUCCUUCACUCCCACCUCCGACUACCAACAUACCUGUCAGUAGACCAACUUCACUGGUUUCUGUUUCAUCGAAUAUCCCACUGGAGAGAAAAUAUUAACAAGACUCCUAAUGACACAUAGGCAGAAAUGUGCUUUUACAGACUUGGAAUCAUUGGACUACAGAAGUGUGGGAAAAAUGUACUGCUAUUACUGCCGACCUGAUAUGUUGUCUGGGGAAAUCACACCGCUGAGUUCACAAGUCUUCAUUACAAGACUGCAGGAAUUUCAUGGAGAAUGAUGUUGAUUUUUUGACAGAUGCUUGGGAUCACGAAUCCUCUCAACAAAAAAACUCUGUUCAAAAGGGCUUGAUGUUUUUGAUGCAGAGAAAAAAUAUCGAUGCAGAACAUACGAAAACUCAACUUUAAGAAGUGCCAUUUACAGCCCUUUGGAACCCAUCCUUUUUGUACUCUUAUUAUAGUUUUUAACUCUUUUUAAAACUCCAGUGAUCUUGUGUAUGCUCUCUUGCUUGGUAAAUUAACUCAAAUACAUCGUAGUUCUUCACAGAUAUGCAUGAAUGUUCUUGUUAGCAUUGAGAAACUUGCAAAGGAACCUCAGUAAAAUGAUAAUUGGUUUAUUAUUGUCACAUGUACUGAGAUACAGUGGAAAAACUUGCCAUCCGUAUGGAUCAUUCCAAAACAUAAGUACGUUGAGGUAGUACAAAGGGAAAAGCAACAAGAGAGUGCAGAAUGUAGUGCCAACCACAUCAUUUCCGAACUAUUCAAUAGUUCCACAUUGAUGAGCUCUUGAUUACACAAUAUCUGCACAUUGGAAGUGGCAUAUAAAUUUAACAAACAUAUUAGUUAUUACUACUAGGUUCCAUUUUAAUAUUCCCUCUGCCAACUUCGUUUCAUUAUUUUAUACCUGUGACUUCAAUUGUUUGAUUAUGUGCAAUACUUCACAUUUAUCAGUGUUAAAUUUUCCUUGCUGCUUUUCCCCUCAAACACUUGAAAAUUUACCAAUGAUUUUGUUGUUGUCAAAUAUAACAAGAUUACAGUUGUUUAUGGCAAUUGGGUUAUUUGCUAAUAAUAGGAACACUAAAUUCUGGGGAUUUGUAAUUGACAUUCCUCCUGUCAUGGUUUUUCUGUAUUCCAUCUAACCAUGUUUUGAUGCAAACCCUUGUUCUAUCUGCAUUCGUAAAGCUUUUAGUUUUAAUUAGAAACCUUUUUUUCCAAAAGUUUUAUGGAGAUUUAGCUAAGCUAUAUCAAGAGAGUUCCAAUAGCUACUUGAUAUAAAAUGUCCUCAAAGAAAUCUUUCCUUUCUAAAUCCAUGCUGAUUGUCUCCUAUUAAAUUAUUGCCUGAGGACUACGCUUCCAGCUUAACCCUUGAAAAAGUGUAUUAUUUUACUGAUAUUAAACUAAUGACCAAGAAUUGCCCAAGUCAGAUUUUAUACUCUGUUUCGGGAAAUUUAUUUUCAGUAAGAAGUUGUGACUUGCAAACAAGAAUUGUAAACAGUCCUGCCUUUGAAAUAUCUUCUGUCAAAACAUUUAAUGUAGAAACUUCUGUUGAAACCUUUGCAUUUGUGGGUUUCAGAAACUGACUGCUUAGCUGAAAAGGCCAUGCACGCAGCAUCAAUAUUUCAUGGAAACAAUGGCAUUUUUUACCUCCUAGUUUCAAUGUUUAAAUGGCUGCAAGUUACAUAAUUUCUGCAGUUGAUUAAUUUUUUUUGCCCUGGCAAAAUGUUUCUGAGAGUAGGUCGCUAAUGGUGACAAUGAAAGAAACCAGUGGAGAAUCCACAGCCAAAGGAAAUGAAAGCAGUCACUCUGACAUCAUACUGAGUAUACUUGAAAAGGCUGCUCUGUGUUGAAUAUCUUUUUAUUUAUUGUUUCAUGUAAAUGCAUAAGUAAAGUUAGAAUGUCCUGGUAGUGAUGACCAGUAUGAUUUGAUUAUAAAAUUUUCCUGGUUUUUAUUUUUUUAUUUGACCAAUCAGAAGAAGCAUUCGAUAUAUGUAGGGCCUUCUCCAUUGAGGGAGAUGAAGCCUGAAAUGUCAGGAUUAGCCUGAGGCAUAUUCAGAUGGCCCUGGUAAAACUCUAAGGCUGGUUCUUGGCUGAAGAGAACCUCAAGAAGAAAAAUGCAGGUAGAAGCUGUAAAAUUAUUCAUUCAAAUACACAUCUAAUUUUCUGAUAAGAUGUAAAAAUCUUAAAACAUGAUCUUAAAAACAUUGUUUAAUCUGAAGUUGUGAAGGGAAUAUUCAUUGUUUACAUUUGAAAUAAUACAUUGAAGUAUCAAGUUACAUCAUUUUGGCAGUAAGCAAAAAUAAUAUUAUUAUUGCACAGACUUAACUGUUGAUAGACUGCUGAAUGUCAGAUAUGUAACCUGGCUUUUAUGCUGUUCACAAUAAAUUUUUUUUUAAACUGCCUUUACUC